AUGACUCUGCCCCCAGAAAACGAGACGGUAGACCCCAUAGGGGACUAUGCAGUUAGCGACACAUCUAUCGGCAAGAAAAAGCGCUCGAAUACAGAAGCCGCUGAAUAUCCCAGAAGACGGGCAACAAUAGCUUGUCAGAUAUGCCGGCUACGCAAGACCCGAUGCAAUGGGGCUCGUCCCAAGUGUCAACUCUGCGCCGAUUUGAAUGCGGAAUGUGUCUAUCGAGAACCCGGUAUCAAACUCGACGCGGGCGACAAGCUCAUCCUAGAUCAUUUGGCCAGAAUUGAGAGUUUGUUGCAUUCGAAUUUACCAAACCAAGGGCCACAGUUAGCCUUGUCCGCUACUUCCCCGGCCACCAGCAACGAUACAACCCUCGGUAGCGACGAUCCGCCAUCGAAAACAUCAUCCAGCGGCUUGCCUGUACAUGGGAAAUUGUCUGCUGUUGGACUCGGUUCCUGGGUCAACCUCCCCGCCAGUCUAAGCAUCUCUACUAUGCCCAAGAUGCAUACCACUCCCGCUCUUCAUCUCCUCCAGUGGCCCCUAAUUCGGGACUUGGUCUCUGGGGCCUGUGACCCACAGCAUCUUCUUCAAUUGGAGAUGGCCCGCGAACCAUUGCAGCUGACUCCAAAUUCAGGCUUUGAUUUGACAAAUGCAUCCACUUAUGCCCAAGCUUUUUUCAACUAUGGGAACGUUUGGUACGCCUGCGUGAACCCUUACACGUGGAAUCGAUAUUAUCAAUCAGCCCUCGCGCAAGGAUUCCAGGAAGGACCUAUGAGUUGUCUUGUUCUUCUGGUCUUGGCCCUAGGAAGCGCCAGCCAUAGUGGCAGUAUCUCGUUUGUGUCGCCAGAUCGAGAACCGCCGGGACUUCCUUAUUUUGCCGCUGCAUGGAGCUUCUUACCGUCAGUUAUGAUGCGAAAUACUGUGAUUGCGGCGCAGUGCAUGGUCAUGGCCUCUGCCUACCUGUUCUAUCUAGUGCGGCCCCUGGAAGCCUGGACCUUGCUGUCCAGCGUGAGCAUGAAAUUGCAGUUGUUGUUUGGCAGUCCAAAUCGAAUUCCGAGCCAGUGGAGAGAGCUGAGUGUGCGGGUAUACUGGAACGCCUUGUUGUUUGAAAGCGACCUUCUCGCAGAAUUAGACCUCCCGCAUUCUGGCAUUGUCAACUUUGAAGAACUCGUGGAUCUGCCAGGUGGCUUUGAGGAAGAAGAUGAGGACGAUGGAGACGAGGAAGAAAGGGAUCAUAAUGAGGGCGAAGAACGCCGAAUAGCCAGGAAAUAUCAGGGUUCAUCACGCCCGGUGGACUCUCAGCUGGUUGUUCGGCGUGACGAACUGUGGUACUUCCUGGCAGAGAUUGCGCUACGAAGACUUCUCAACCGCGUCAGCCACAUCAUUUAUCAGAAAGACAGCACUCACACUCUCGCCUCAUUGGGUCCGAUUGUCUCAGAGCUCGACUUUCAGCUAUCUCAGUGGUACGAGAGCCUCCCCCGCCCGUGCAAUUCCCUUUGA